GUCCUCACAGCGUGCAGUGACGUCAUUAGCCGUAGUCUACCGAAAAACGUGCUUUAGCGACGGAAUAAUUUCCAUCGAACUGGACCUUUAAUUCAGUUUUUUGAUGAGUUAAUUCAUCGCAGACACAUAAUGGAGUACAUGCAAGCCCCACCAUCCAGCAACCAAGGGAAUAUUCUUUGCUGUACGUGUGGUAUUCCCAUUCCACCGAACCCAGCCAACAUGUGUGUAUCCUGCUUAAGAUCUCAAGUGGACAUCUCUGAAGGAAUUCCCAAGCAGGUCUCCAUCCAUUUUUGCAGGCAGUGUGAACGAUACUUACAGCCUCCAGGCACGUGGGUUCAAUGUGCUCUGGAGUCCAGGGAGCUUCUGGCUCUUUGUCUGAAGAAACUGAAAAGCUCAAUGUCGAAGGUGAGGCUUAUUGAUGCUGGAUUCUUAUGGACAGAACCACACUCCAAAAGAAUCAAGAUGAAACUGACCAUCCAGAAGGAGGUGAUGAAUGGAGCCAUUCUGCAGCAGGUCUUUGUGGUGGAGUUUGUCAUUCAGGCGCAGAUGUGUGAUGAUUGUCAUCGGGUGGAAGCUAAAGACUUCUGGAAAGCUGUAGUGCAACUGAGGCAGAAGACUGUUCACAAGAAAACAUUUUACUAUCUGGAGCAGCUGAUCCUGAAGCACAAGCUCCAUCAGAACACGGUUCGCAUCAAAGAGAUCCACGAGGGGAUUGAUUUUUACUACGGCUCUAAGCAGCACGCUCAGAAGAUGGUGGAUUUUUUGCAGUGUACAGUUCCCUGCAGGUCCAAGGCUUCUCAGCGGCUCAUAUCUCAUGAUGUUCAUACAAAUACCUACAACUACAAAAGCACAUUCUCAGUGGAGAUUGUUCCUGUGUGCAAGGAUAAUGUGGUGUGUCUUUCCCCACGGCUCGCCCAGAGUUUGGGUAACAUGGGUCAAGUGUGUGUUUGUACUCGGGUCACCAGCGCCAUUCACCUGAUUGACCCCAACACCCUGCAGAUUGCGGAGGUGGAUGGAAAUACUUACUGGCGUCACCCAUUUAACAGUCUGUGUAGCCCAAAACAGUUAGAAGAGUUUAUUAUCAUGGAUAUAGAGAUCAUCAGAGAUCAGAAACUUGGAGCCGGCGCUGGACUCACAUCCAAUAAACACACAUUAGCUGAGGUUUGGGUUCAGAAGACCUCAGAAAUGAACUCUGGUCAUCAGUAUCACUGCAGAACGUUUCUGGGUCAUCUGUUGAAUAUUGGAGAUUUGGUUCUAGGCUUUGAUUUUGCCAAUGCUAAUAUCAAUGAUGAGUUUCUGAACAAGAUGAACCCUCACCGUGUUCCUGAUGUGGUGCUGAUCAAGAAGAGUUAUGAUCGUGUGAGGCGUGUGAAGAACAGAAUCUGGAAACUGAAGGAGUUGGAGAGAGAGCGAGAAGCUGCCGACACUGAUGAUGAGAGACAAUACAAUGAGUUCCUGGAAGACUUGGAGGAAGAUGAGCUCCUGAGGAAGAACAUCAACAUCUUCAGAGACACAUCAAAGAUCCCGGUGGAGAGUGACACUGAUGAUGAUGGAGCUCCCAGGAUCUCUCUGGCUGAGAUGUUAGAAGAUCUGAGUUUAAAUGAUGCCACGGGUGGAGAGGGAGCUGACAUGAUGACUGAUGAAUAAAUAAACACAUUUUCAAUGAUGUUACUUCAUAUCAAUUUAAUGUCAUUUGAAAAGCUGUGGUGCAAUUCUGCAUUUCCUCAGUUAACUCAUUAAAAGAUUUCAUAAUCCAGCAAA